AUGGUUCUUUACCCGCCAAAAGAAGGAAUGCAUCGUAAAGGGACCGGAGCCCCAGCUGGCGGUGCUAACCCUAAGAUUGGAGGCGGAGACACGUUAUCCAUAGAACUUGGAGUCUCUGUCCCAGAAGGAGAACCAAACCAACCAGCCGAAUUACCUGUGGGCGCUUCGUCAUCAUCUGCAGCUACCAAAUCCCUCAAGCGACGAAGCAAUGAAGUUGCUUCCCCAGCCUUCGGUGGCGGUUCGUUCUCGCCAAGCGGCUUGUUACUUCCAUUUCCACCCCGUGAGGUAAAAAAACAGAAAGUUGGUCAAGAUUACGGAAAUAACGCGGAUCUGGAGGUCGUUCUCGACAUGGGCGGUCUCGAGGAUAAAUUGGCAGUUGAAUGUGGCGAAAUAAACCCAAAAGUACCUUCUCGGCGUCUGCGUCCGGGGGCCGUCCCGGCCAAUCGAGCCCGUUACCACGAACCAUCAAGCAUAGAUUACGAUGAUCGGGAGGCCAAAUCAUCCGGUACUCGCAGUCCUGAGACCGUGGAAUUGGUUUUUGGACACAACCUUCCUGAAGAAUGCGAUCAAAAUCUCGAAAGGGCCCAGGAAACUGGCUCUUCAAAAUUACCACGUGAAUUGUCUUCUACAGACCCACACAAAGCCACUAGAGCUGCUCGUAGCGACAGUAUUGGGACGUUAUCAGAUUCCAACGACAAAGAUGAGGAAUAUGCUGAUUAUGGGGAUUCACCAGAAUACAACCCCGACUCACAUUCGGACCCUGAAGAUGACGAUUACUGGCCCACUUCGCCUCUUCCCACUAAGUCUAUUGAUGGCCAGGCUCGGAACAAGAAACAAGGGAAGAAAAGACCGCUGGAACCGCGGCAGCCGUGGCAGCCUCAGGACCCUCAGGAGCCGCACGAAAUGCAAGAACCGCACGAACCACAGGAACUUCCGCAACCAAAGAAAAAGCUAUUCAUAUGCGAGUUCCCUGGAUGCGGAACCAUCUGCGGAACACUACGUGGCUUUGCGCAACACCAGCUUUUCAAUCAUACGGGCAGAGUUGAUUUUGCCUAUCAGUGUCUUUUCCCUGGCUGUUUGUUCUCUUAUGCCAACAAGGGAGCUAACAUUGCCAGAUGGACCGUCAGACAACACCAAAUGAAGGAACACAGUGAAUGGUUUAAGGAAGUCAGCAGUGACCAAGACGAAUUGUACUAUUAUAUCAGCGACAAUGAAACUAGACUUCCGCCUAGACUCGUAGCUGCCUUAUCUCAAGACCAAGUUCAGCCACCGAAACAAAAACCGAAGGCCGUAUGCGAUUAUCCUGGAUGUGGAAAGGAAUACACUCGUCAAUUCACCCUUCGAAAUCAUAAAGAAAAAGCACAUGGAACUACUCCUGUUGCCGAGGCCCGUUGUCUGUUUCCUGGGUGUGGGAAGCGGUUUGAGGAUCCAAUGGAUUCGGUUGCCAAGCGUAAUUUGUCCGUGCAUCAGAAAUGGAACCAUGCUGAAUGGUUCGAUCAAACAGAAGAUACAGACAGAUAUCACAUCGAAAAGAAAGCCAACCCCACCCCAAAAAAGCGAGAGCCGACAGCUGGCAUAUUCAAGUGUGAUUUCGAGGGGUGUAAUAAAAGUUAUUCCAGGAAAUUCCAACUUCACGAGCAUAAAAUGGUGAAGCACACUACCGGCACACCAUACGUCUUCACCUGUCUUUAUCCGGGUUGUUCAAAGGAGGCCCGCCAUCCAGUAAGGUGGGGCGCGCGAAAGGUCGCCUACGUUCAUGCAAAAGGCGUACAUUACGAUUGGUGGAAGUGGAAGCCGGAGAGCGAAUGGUACAAGAUCACUAAAGAAGGGGACAAUUAA